AACGUCUCAGGGAGGAGGAGAUGCAUCGUGUUCUGUCCCAGGGUGCAUUGCGGCAGAUGGCCUACGUGCGGUCCGUGGUCGUGGGCCUGUCGGUGUGUGAGGCUCGCCUGGCCGUGUCGGUGUGUAUUGUAGGCCGCCUGCCCACCGGGCCCGUCCAGCGUUGGGUCAGUACCUCAGCCUUUAACAGGGCAGUGGAACGGCCCAAGCUCCAACCGGAGGACCAGGACCCACCCGGCCUGGCUGGAACAGAGCCCGUCUACGGGGCAGACUCCUCCAAGCUGCCUGUGGAGGCCCUGCCGGAGGCCCCGCCGGAGGCCCCAGAGAUAGACCCUCUGCAGGACAAGUCCAUUGGUCUGGUCCAGAGAUUCAAGAAGACCUUUAAGCAGUACGGGAAGGUGAUGAUACCUGUCCAUCUCCUGACCUCCAGCGUCUGGUUCGGGACCUUCUACUACGCUGCUAUGCAGGGAGUGAAUGUGGUGCCUUUUCUGGAGUUUAUUGGUUUACCAGAGAAGAUUGUUGGUCUGCUGAAUCACUCUUCUGGUGGCUACGCCCUCACUGCCUACGCCAUGUACAAGAUUGCAACACCUGCCAGAUACACAGUGACUCUGGGUGGGACGUCCUUCUCAGUGCAGUACCUCCGUAAACACGGCUACUUCUCUACCCCGCCGCCUGUCAAAGACUACCUGCAGGACCGGAUGGAAGAGACCAGGGAGAAACUCACAGAGAAAAUGGAGGAGACUAAGGAACUGUUCUCUGAAAAAAUGGAGGAAACUAAAGAACUACUCUCGGGGAAAAUGGAAGAUACGAAAGAACGAUUGUCUGGUAUUUCCGAAAAGAUGGAGGAGACGAAAGAACGUCUCUCUGGAAAGAUGGAGGAGACGAAAGAACGUUUCUCUGGAAAGAUGGAGGAGACGAAAGAACGUUUCUCUGGAAAGGUGGAGGAGACGAAAGAACGUCUCUCUGGAAAGAUGGAGGAGACGAAAGAACGUUUCUCUGGAAAGAUGGGGGAGACGAAAGAACGUUUCUCUGGAAAGAUGGGGGAGACUAAAGACAUGUUCUCUGAUAAACUACAGGAAACCAAAGACAAAGUAUCUUACCGAAAGAAGCUAGAUUAGUCUUGUUUACAAGUGGUUGUGAAUAAACACACGUUUGGUGUCUUCAAUGUGGUUGGGGUCAAAGACAGAAUUAAGGCACGUAUUAUGAACCUGUUGAGAGACGAAUGAGUCCAGACACUGUCCUUCUGCCAUCCUGACUGCCCCAGCUAGUACCAUUAUACCUGCUAUAAGGAGGAGGCAUUUCUCAGUUCUAUUAGAAUACACUGAGGAGCAUUUAUGAAUUCUGGGUAUGAAACAAACUUCCUGUUCAAUUCAACAUCGUCCAUCAAAGCCUCAUUGAGGCUGUAACUGCUUGUGUGUCUUUCAAUCACGUUUUCUAAUGUCUUUUUUUAUCCAAUACCCAAAGUUUAAUAUAUUGUGUAUUAUUUUUGUGUUCCUAAUGUCUAAUCAACUGAGAAUUGUGCCUAUAAUAGGAAGUGUGAUUAGAGAAGUCGGUUGAUUGGUUCCUUAAAGGGAUUCUUCUGGAUGUUGGCAAUGAGGCCCUUUAUCUACUUCCACAGAGUCAGAUGUUGACAAUGAGGCCCUUUAUCUACUUCCACAGAGUCAGAUGUUGACAAUGAGGCCCUUUAUCUACUUCCACAGAGUCAGAUGUUGACAAUGAGGCCCUUUAUCUACUUCCACAGAGUCAGAUGUUGGUAAUGAGGCCCUUUAUCUACUUCCACAGAGUCAGAUGUUGACAAUGAGGCCCUUUAUCUACUUCCACAGAGUCAGAUGAACUCAUGGCCAAAAUCCAGAAGUAUCCUUCUAAGUUGCUCCGUGGAUAUUACAGAAAUAUAAAGCCGAAAUGCAAUAGAAUGAAAACCCACAGUCUGAACAGAGGGGUGUUGGAUACUGUAGUACCAGUUAUUGGACUGUUACUGUCAUUUAAAAUCAUGUCUGGUAUGAUCACAAUUUACAAUAAAGCAGAAUAUUGAGCUU